AAGGCGGGUCUUAGGCGGCCCAGGCGCAUGGACUGAGAAAGGCGUAAGUAAUCAAACGGGAUCAAGACAGUCUGUUCUACUGAAGUUGGACAACAGGGUUAAGUCACUGUUACAACACCUCUUACGAGAAUGAAGCUUAACAUCGAAGGACUGUUGGUGUAUUUCCCGUAUGACUACAUCUAUCCUGAACAGUACUCCUACAUGCUGGAACUAAAGAGAACCCUGGACGCCAAGGGACAUGGUGUUCUGGAGAUGCCAUCAGGAACGGGGAAGACCAUCUCUCUCCUGUCUCUAAUCGUUGCCUACCAGCGGGCACAUCCCCUCGAGGUCACCAAGCUCAUCUAUUGCUCCAGAACCGUUCCUGAGAUAGAGAAGGUGGUGGAGGAACUGAGGAAGCUAAUGGAGUUCUAUUCCAAGGAGACGGGAGAGAAGAACAACUUUCUGGCCCUGGCCCUAUCCUCCAGAAAGAACCUGUGUGUGCAUCCAGAGGUGAGCUCCUUGCGCUUCGGGAAGGAGGUGGAUGGGAAAUGCCACAGUCUGACAGCAUCCUACAUCCGUGCCCAGCGCCAUAGUAACGCCAGCCAGCCCGUGUGUCGCUUCUAUGAGGAGUUUGAUGCGGUGGGUCGCCAGGUGCCCCUCCCGGCAGGUGUCUACAACCUGGACGACCUGAAGGACUUCGGCAGGAGGAAGGGCUGGUGUCCGUACUACCUGGCACGCUACGCCAUCCUGCAUGCCAACAUCGUGGUGUACAGCUACCACUACCUCCUCGACCCCAAGAUCGCUGACCUCGUCUCCAAAGAACUCGCCAAGAAAUCUGUGGUCGUCUUCGACGAAGCUCAUAACAUAGACAACGUAUGCAUCGACUCCAUGAGUGUCAACAUCACCAGGCGCACUCUGGACCGUUGCCAGGCCAACGUGGACACCCUCCAGGCCACCAUCCACAAGAUAAAAGAGACGGACGCCGCCAAGCUGAAGGACGAGUACAGGCGAUUGGUGGAGGGGCUGAAGGAAGCCAACGUUGCCAGGGAGACGGACGUGUACAUGUCCAAUCCCGUGCUUCCAGAUGAAAUCCUCCAAGAGGCUGUACCUGGCAGCAUCCGGACGGCAGAGCACUUUGUGGGCUUCCUGAAGCGCUUCCUGGAGUACCUGAAGUCUCGUCUGAGGAUCCAUCAUGUGGUUCAGGAGAGCGCUCCUCAGUUCCUCAAGGACAUCUUCGACAAGGUCUGCAUCGACCGCAAGCCUCUCCGGUUCUGCGCAGAGCGGCUGCGCUCGUUGCUGCGGACCCUGGAGAUCGCCGACAUCGCAGACUUCUCUGCCGUCACGCUCAUCUCCAACUUCGCCACGCUGGUCAGCACCUACAGCAAGGGCUUCACCAUCAUCAUCGAGCCCUUCGAGGACAGGACGCCCACCAUCGCCAACCCUGUCCUACACUUCAGCUGCAUGGACCCGUCCAUCGCUAUCAAGCCUGUGUUCGAGCGCUUCCAGUCAGUCAUCAUCACCUCAGGGACCCUGUCUCCUCUGGACAUCUAUCCCAAAAUACUCGACUUCCGGCCCGUCACCGUGGCGUCCUUCACCAUGACGCUGGCUCGCACCUGCCUCUGUCCGCUGGUGGUUGGCCGCGGCAACGACCAGGUGGCCAUGACCUCCAAGUUUGAGACGCGAGAAGACUUCGCCGUCGUCCGUAACUACGGCAACCUGCUGCUGGAGAUGUCUGCGAUCGUGCCGGACGGCAUCGUGGCGUUCUUCACCAGCUACGUCUACAUGGAGAACAUAGUGGCGUCCUGGUACGAGCAGGGCAUCCUGGAGAACGUGCAGAGGAACAAGCUGAUCUUCAUCGAGACGCCGGACGCAGCCGAGACCAGCAUGGCUCUGGAGAAGUUCCAGGAGGCAUGUGAGAACGGCAGGGGGGCCAUCCUGCUCUCUGUGGCCCGGGGCAAGGUGUCCGAGGGGAUCGACUUUGUGCAUCACUUUGGCCGGGCGGUGAUCAUGUUCGGGGUUCCCUACGUGUACACACAGAGCCGCAUCCUCAAGGCUCGCCUGGAGUACCUCCGGGACCAGUUCCAGAUCCGGGAGAAUGACUUCCUGACGUUCGACGCCAUGCGCCACGCCGCCCAGUGUGUCGGCCGCGCCAUCCGGGGCAAGACGGACUACGGCCUCAUGAUCUUCGCUGACAAGCGCUACGCCCGGGCGGACAAGCGCGGGAAGCUUCCCCGGUGGAUUCAGGAGCACCUGACAGACGGCAGCCUGAACUUGACCAUAGACGAGACCGUCCAGCUCUCCAAACACUUCCUGCGCCAGAUGGCUCAGCCCGUUAGACAGGAGGACCAGUUGGGUCUGUCUCUGUUGACUCUGGAGCAGCUGCAGUCUGAGGAGAUGCUGAAGAAGAUCGCUCAGAUCGCACACCAAGCCUGAGACGUCGCCGUGACGACCUCAUCAGCCUGAGACGUCGCCGUGACGACCUCAUCAGCCUGAGACGCCGCCGUGACGACCUCAUCAGCCUGAGACGUCGCCGUGACGACCUCAUCAGGUCGGGACGCAGUCAUGAUGACCUCAUCAACCCGUGACGACGCCAGCAGGCCAAGAUGCCGCCGUAAUGACAUCAUUAGUCUAAGACCCCGCCGCAAUGAAGUCAUCACCCUGAGACAUCACCUCGGAGAUGACGUCAUCAGCCUGCAAUGCUACCACGUGAUAUCAUCAAUCAUGAACACGUCCGUUACAUAGAUCUUGUAAAUGCAUCUGUCCUGUGUCACUACAGCUGUAAAUAUAAAACCUCUUUUUUAUGGAAAAUACAUUUGUUUAUAUUUGUUUGGAGGUUACAUUAAUAAAUGUUUACAUUUUGUACCAUA